GUGUGUUGUCCCAGUUGUCCAUCCACAGUAGACAUGGGAGAGAGUGUGUGUCGCCGUGCUUCUCUCUGCAGCAGAGAAACAGCUCUACCUCACCUAAGAUCAAGGUGGACCUGGACAACACUACAGGUGUAGCUGUGUUGAGGAUGCAGAGCCCCCCUGUCAACAGUCUGAGUCUGGACUUCCUCACUGAGUUCUGUAUCAAUCUGGAUAAACUAGAGAUGGAUAAGAGUUGUAGAGGUCUGAUCAUCACCUCGACCCUCUCCAAGGUGUUCUCUGCGGGGCUAGACAUCAUGGAGAUGUAUGGGAAAAGUCCGGAGCGCUGUGGAGAGUUCUGGAAGGCUGUUCAGGAGAUGUGGCUCAAAGUCUACGGAUCCAACAUGGCCACCAUAGCUGCCAUCAACGGCUCUAGUCCAGCAGGUGGCUGUCUCAUGUCUAUUGGAUGUGACUACAGGAUCAUGGCUGAUAAUCCUCGCUACAGCAUCGGACUCAACGAGACUCAGCUCAGCCCUUCUGGUGAGGCAUUGUAG